AAUUAAUGACCAACCAUUAAAAAGAACCAUAUUAUCACUCUUUCUCUGCUCAACAAACUCGCUUUUGAACAACAUUGGUUCAUGAAGAAAAUUCAAGAUCGAAUUUCUCAAAUUCUCUCCGCAUAAUUUGUUCAUUGUUAAAUCUUCCUCUAUCACCUGCUAGCUCCACAGCCAUACUGUGAUAUUCUCACGAAUUCGACCUUUGUGUCUGUUUGUGUUUUUGUGCGCGCGUGUUCCUACUCUCCCUCACCCCCUUUCCGUUUCUUGAUUUCUCGAUCGUUUUGGUGUUAGUUGCUUGUGGGUUCUCUAAAGGUUGGAGCUUUCCAAUCUUGGUAGUGGUGAAAGUUCAAAAGUUUCAUGGUUUUUUCGAAAUUGAAUCUGAGAAGCUGCGUAUAGAAAAUAGUUGUUGAGCUUUAAAUUCAAUGGAAAUGGAUGCGAGGGGUUCAUCGCCAGCUGACACUGAAACUAAUUCAGUGUCUCUUGAACAUGGCCGCUCCAAGUUCUUGCACCAGUUUACUCAGCAAAAUCUGCCGGCUUGUAAACCCGUCCUCUCGCCUGCGUGGGUCAUAUCCAUAUUUUUUGUGGUGGGCUCGAUCUUUAUUCCGGUGGGGAUGGUCUCACUUCAUGCUUCAGAAAGCGUUGUUGAAAUUGUGUACAGAUAUGACGUUGAUUGCGUGCCAGAACAGUUCAAAGGCAACAAAGUGGCAUACAUAAAAAAUGAUCUGAUACCAAAGAAUUGCUCGAAAUCCAUCAAGAUCCCCAAGCCGAUGAAAGCUCCUAUAUACGUGUAUUACCAGCUUGAUAAUUACUACCAGAACCAUAGACGGUACGUCAAAAGUCGUGACGAUCAGCAACUCAUGCAUGGUCUAAAACAUCACGAUACGAGUUCAUGUGCACCUGAAGAUAUUAAUCACGGUCUUCCUAUUGUGCCCUGUGGUCUCAUUGCUUGGAGCUUAUUUAACGACACAUACUCUUUUUCCCGCUGGUCAAAUGAGCUGAAAGUCAACCGGAAGGGCAUUGCAUGGAAAAGUGAUCGUGAGCAUAAGUUUGGGAAGGAAGUUUAUCCCUUCAAUUUUCAGAAUGGGACUCUAAUUGGUGGUGCAACUCUUGACCCGACCAUUCCUCUGAGUGAUCAAGAGGAUCUUAUCGUGUGGAUGCGUACUUCCGCUCUCCCAACAUUCCGUAAACUGUAUGGAAGAAUUGAAGAGGAUUUAGAUGCGAAUGAUAUUAUUUCAGUCGAGCUUUUGAACAACUACAACACCUACAGUUUUAGUGGGGCCAAAAUGCUCGUGCUCUCUACAUCGACUUGGUUGGGAGGACAUAAUAAUUUCCUGGGGAUAGCCUACAUUUCUAUCGGCACUUUCUUUCUACUUAUUGCCUUGCUCUUCAUGUUGCUGCAUGUUAAAAAUCCGAGGCCAUAUGGAGAUACAACUAACUUAUCAUGGAAUUAGAAAAACCCGUGUCUUUGUCUGGUUGAAGAUACGAAAUAAUCGAAAGGACGAUUGGGAGUAUGUAAAAGGCCUUUGUGCUGGCAAUAUCGACUUUUUCCGAACUUUCUUCAAAUAUUGUCUCGAGUUUUGGCGCAUUCGAAGCCUUGUGUAGCGAUAUAAACGGCGAAGGUGCAACUUCAAUCCAGUUGUUAAUAUAGCUAAUUUGCUUUCUCAUUGUGUUGUAUAAGUUGAAAACACAGAUAUUUAUUUGAUGAAAAUGGGGAAAGAAAUGUAAUUUGUGUCUAGUGAAAUUUGAAUCAUACAAAUUCUUGCACCUAUUUAUAUAGGGGGUUGGGGCUUAAGAAUGGAAGAAAUUAUGGGAGGAAAUUGUUGGUAAAAAGAGUUGCCAAAUGUUUGGCUUUCAAGAUUUAUUGCUUGAUCAAAAACCCUAUUAGGAACCAUUAGUUUUGAUGAAUGAAUUUAUUUCCACAAGUUUUCCAG